AUGGGUUUCUGGACACUGCUUCAGGUGGCUUCAAUGCCAGUCAUACAAGUCCUCGUCAUCGGCCUCUUGGGCGCUCUCUUGGCAACCGGCUACUGCAACAUCCUCCACGCCGAUGCUAGAAACUACUUGAACAAGGUUGUGUUCACGGUCUUCACACCCUCGCUCUUGUUCUCCAUUCUCUCCAAAACCGUCACCCUCGACGACAUCAUCUCAUGGUGGUUUAUGCCAGUCAACAUCGGGCUGACCAUGUUAUUUGGAGGACUUCUGGGUUGGUUGGUGGUCAAAGUGUUGCGGCCCAAGCCGCAUCUUGAAGGCCUUGUCAUUGCUACCUGCGCCACAGGGAACUACGGGAAUCUGCUGCUGAUAGUUCUACCUGCAAUAUGCAAAGAAGACGGCACUCCAUUCGGGGAGGAUCAUGCAACAUGCGGCUCCGUUGGACUCUCAUACGCAUCCUUCUCUGCUGCGUUGGGUAGCAUCUAUGUCUGGACCAUUGCUUACCAACUCGUCCGCAACUCAGCUAUCAAACUCGAGCAACUUGAGGUGGCUGAUGAAUUAGAGGCCUCCAAAUUACUAAACGACGUCGAUGAAGAUGCUAACCUGCAGGGAUCUCUUCUUCUUGAAGAUGCACGAGCUCCAAAACCUGCUGCAGCUUCUUCUGGGUGGAGCCAAGUUGUGGAGGUGCUACAUCGGAUAUUACACGAGCUCACUGCCCCUCCCACGCUUGCUACGAUAUUUGGGUUCUUGUUUGGAGCUACUGCGUUUCUGAGGAACCUGAUAGUGGGCGAGGGUGCACCCUUGCGUGUCAUCCAAGACUCCAUUGCAUUACUUGGGGAUGGUACAAUUCCCUCCAUCACCCUCAUAUUGGGAGGCAACCUCACUCAAGGGUUGCGGUCUUCGAAUAUCAAGCCAUGGAUGAUCGUCGGAGUGGUCUGCGUGCGAUACGUAUUCCUGCCGGUGAUCGGAAUAUGUAUGGUGAAGGCAGCUUCCGGCCUGGGGCUGCUCCCUGCCGAUCCUCUGUUCGCGUACGUGCUAAUGCUUCAUUACAGCAUCCCACCGGCCAUGAACAUUGGCACCAUGACACAGCUGUUUGAUGUGGCGCAAGAAGAGUGCUCAGUUAUCUACCUGUGGACAUACUUGUUUGCAGCCGUCGCGCUCACCCUGUGGUCUACAGUCUACCUGUGGAUGUUGUCCUGA